CUAUGAAAAAUAAAAAAAUAUCCGUCUCGUCAUAUAAUCAUCAUGCUGUCGUGCGACCGUUGGAUGUCGCACUGUUUAUGUAAACUUACCAUGCAUAUUUCUCUCUCUCCAUCAUUCAUUCACUUCCGUUCAUUACAAAAACCAGAAACACCUUGGCGAAAUCUCUUUCAGGAUCCGAAUCUGCAACAAAACAACCCACAACCAUGAAAGACCAAGCCAUCCCAGCCAAGCCAAAGGUCUCACCUCCCGAGACCCUGACCUCACUCUCACUAACUCACGUCCAGUUCGUCGGAGACGACAUAUACUCAAAGAUCUUUGCCCACCUCACACUAUCCCCAUUGGCGAUCACCUGUGGCUACAUCGGAGUUAUCCUGACUACACGCGACCUGACAGUGAUCCUGAUGUUCGCUGGCCAACUUUUAAACGAGUGCAUCAACUUUGCGCUGAAACGGCUGGUUAAACAAGCAAGGCCCACAUCAUAUCUUGGCGAUGGCUAUGGAAUGCCUUCAAGUCACUCUCAAUUCAUGGCCUACUUUGCAACGUACAUGAUCAUUCUUAUGUAUAGGAUGGGCAGUUCUGGUAGUGUGAGUCCGUAUGUCUUUUCAGUAUUAGUCGUUGUCUGGGCUGCAGUUGUUAUCUACUCUCGUGUCCAUUUAUUAUAUCACACAUGGCAGCAGGUCCUGGCAGGGUCGAUUUGCGGAUGUGCAUUCGCAACAGGAUACUACUUCUUUGUGCAAAGAUUCCUCAGAUCGAAUGGCAUGCACGACUGGAUGCUGGACAAUGCAUUUGGACGCUGGGCCUAUCUCGUCGACCGCGAGCAGAUGGACCAUGUGUAUCAGUGGGAAUGGAACCAGUUUCAGCAAUGGCGCAAGAUCAACCAAGGCAAGAACGACUAGGCGAGAGAAGAACAUACCCACUCCAAGCAUUCUCCUGUCAUUACAAGAUAAUAAAACUCAUCACGAAGCAGCUUUGAAGCAUUGUUCAGCCGUUGGUCGUUAC